AUGGGGAUGCCGGGAGCGUGCUAUCACGACCACCCGUCGUCGCAAUCCCAGCAACCACAGAGGCAGCUAGCGGGAGCCGCGGGAGAGGAGAUGCAGCGACACGCGCUGUUCGGCGGUGCGAUUCAGGCGGAUUUCCCGCCGCGAUUUGAGGACAUUAGCAACUUCCGAGAAGUUCCCAACAACCAGGAGGUGUUUGGCGAUGCCAGUCGGGACGAGAGCAUAGUGAUCGAGCUGCUGGAGAUGAAGGCUGACGUGGCGGACGCUGAUUCGUCCAGGUGGUUCCUGGAGGAUCUGAUGCGCGAGCAGGAGGCACAGCCUGGCAGCGCUCUCGAGUCCUCUGCGCCCCUCCCCUCUGCCGACUGCCCUCAUGUGGACGCCUCUGUUUUUAAGAGCUAUGCCGUGGGCAGAAUGACUGUGUCCAAGGGUCAGCAAGGUGCCGAAGCUCUGAAUGUGGUCCGGGUCUACUUGGCCAACCUUCGCCUGCGCAACGUGCACACAGACUUGCUUAUAACUGUCAACGAACCACUCUUUAUCAGUGAGCGGAGUGAGAGUGCAGCAGCAGCAGGGACGGCAGGAGUCACCCAGGCAGCAGCACAGGAGGCGUCAGCAGGGGUGCUGGGGGCUACAGCAGGCGGGCAGGUGUUUCAACGGCUGCUCGCAUCGUUCAAGAUCAACGACUGGGGGCUGUUUGGGGCGCAAGAAUAA